AUGUCUGCAGGUAAAGCCACAGAUCCAAAAUAUUGGCUCGGCCAGCUAGAGGACGUCCUUUGCGAUCGCUUCGAAAACCUUGGCCACCAAUGCGCACAAAUUCGAGAGGAGAUUGUCGAGAAUAUUAGCAAUGUGAUCAGAGAUUCUGCAGAGAGGGACGAAUGGGAUGUCUGCAACUUCAUUUGGCGGUUGCUCGACGAAUGGGAGGCCCAUGACCUCACCGAUAUGGGGUUUUCCCGACCGCCAUCUCACUACCGCCAUGUUAUAUCCGUAGGAAGAAUCGAAGCUCUCCGCUAUCUGCCCAAACGCAGCUCUGUUAGAUCCUGGGACCACGCGAGCCUCUGCGCUGGGGAGCUCUGCAACACCAUUCGUCGGGUCAUUGACGAACCGUCAACAUCGUUUAAGCGGAUUCUGAUGGAGCGUAACGUCAGACGCCCUGAAGGGGAGCCACCUCAAAAUCCAGAGCCUAUUGGGCAUGCGAGAUCGACACCUUCCGAGUCAUUUAUGGUCCUGGACGGCGGCGUGCACACCUGGGCUGAUUACAUUGACCAGUUGGAGCUUGAUUUGGCGAGAGCACGAAGGGCGGUUCAGGUAGUAAAGGAGCAGAAUAUGGAGCUGGCUAUCAAGCUGGCUGAGACCCAGAAUAGGUUGGUUGAGACCCAAAGGAGUCUCGGUCGGCGUCAACCUUGGUGA